AGUUUGAAAACAGAAGCAGGCUGAAAGACGCCAUUGAUGAAAUUUGAAGAUGUUGAAGAUGUUCCCAGUAGUACCCAGCCAUCAGCUUUGGUGGGGUAGCCUUCAGAGGAGAGUCUGCUUGAAUCAGCCAGUACUGAACAGACAGCCCUUUGAGCACCUGCAUGUGAGGGUUGGAGACCGGGCCGAACUCAGCAGGGUCUUCACACAGAGGGAUGUGGCUGCCUUUUCCGAAUUAACUGGAGAUGUUAAUCCCUUGCAUUUAAAUGAAGAUUUUGCAAAACACACCAAGUUUGGAAAGACGAUUGUACAUGGAGUUUUGAUCAAUGGACUAAUCUCGGCUCUCUUGGGUACUAAAAUGCCGGGGCCAGGCUGUGUAUUUCUUUCUCAGGAAAUUAACUUUCCAGCUCCUUUAUACAUUGGAGAAGUUGUUUUGGCUUCUGCAGAAGUGAAAAGACUGAAGCGUUUUGUUGCUUUUAUUGCAGUGUCAUGUUCUGUAAUAGAAAGUAAAAAGACUGUUAUGGAAGGCCGGGUUAAAGUUAUGGUCCCAGAAUCUCCCAAACUCUGAAAUAUUUGUUGCAAGUUCAAACACCAGUGCUGUCAUUACUAAAGAAGCACCUGAGGAAUGGG